GAGAAGUUGGAUAUAGCUUUUCUGGCUGACACUUCAUUAAGCAUGCAAGAAAAGCAAAGAACGACCCUGUACGAAUUGGCUAGCAAGCUGAUAGACAAUUACCCAGUCUCUGAUGGAGGAAACCACUAUGGUUUUAUUACGUUCGAUCGUGAAGUCAAAAUCCACAACAAUUUUGCAACGCAGCUGUACUACAAUAAACAGGCUGCUUUUAAACAGCUGAUCAAGGAGAAAGUCCAUUUAGUUCCUGGUAGGAAUCAGUGGGGAACUCGAUCAGAUAUUGCUCUACACAAGGCAGCAACAGAGCUGUUUACUACCGAUGGAGGAGACAGGCCAGAUGCAAAAAAUGUUCUGCUUGUCUUUACUGAUGGAAAACAAUUUAUCUCAAAACAAGAUGAAACUAUUUUACCCUUCCAAAACUUUUCAGAGAGCACAAAAAAACUGGAGGUAAGUCUUUUAAGUUACGAAUAAAGCCUCUGCGAACACAUAAUUAUAUAAGGCGGCCAUUUCAGUUGAGGCCUACUCUGGGACCUUAACUCGCCUUAACUCGCCCUAACUCGCAACUUGAGAUUAUGUUCAAAUUUCCUUAUCUCGCCUUAACUCGCCUAAACUCGCAUCAUCUCGCACAAACUCGCCCAAUCUCGCCACUGCCAAGUGGAUACCAAUUUUAAUAUCUCAUCCUACUCUCAGUGUAAUUUCACAAUUACUCCAUAAAGGGAAGACGAAUACAACUUCAAAAGUUUAAAAGAUAGUGAUUUUUAAGGAAAACACGGUUUUUACCUUUAAAAAAUUAUGUAAUUGACCAAUCCCAUCCUUCUGGAAUUUCCAAUAGCCUCUGUGGUAAGGGUAUUUCACCACUAAAGAUUCGAUGAAUGCCUUGGAGUCACAACUGGACUGGUGGAGUCACAACCGGACUGUCAAUGGAACUACCAGGAACAGCCUGAACAUGCACUAACUCGUUGCCUAACGAAAAGGCUUCAAUGCUAAGCAUGGCAGAAAUUCCAGAGGCAUGGGGUCACAGUGUCUAACAAAUCCCACAUUCACUGUUUGUGUUUUGGUCCACAAAGUAAGUGACAUUAACUAAAAGCACAAACAGUGAAUCCACGAAAAAGUUUUCAUAAAAUAGUUUAAGUUUUAGUCUUACACUUCUAUGCAAGACAAAGAAACACUCUAAAUUCAAGAUUGCUUUGAAUCUCUCAAUUGAAGAAAAAAAUAUUCUCCUAUGAUUUGUUUCUAAUUUUUGGCUUAAAAUAAGAAAUCUCGAAUUUAGAGUGAAAUACAAAAACAUAAUACCAGAAUAUCAAAUUUUUAGUUUUAUGCUGGUUAAUGAUUUACAAAAAAAGUUUACUUGUAAUGGAAAGUUUAAUUACUUUGCAAAUAUAAUGCAUGCAAGCUGUUUAUGACAUAUGAAGAGUAGUAGCAUACGUAUCAUUUUAUAAUCUGAUGAAGCUUAAUGACGAUUCCAGCUGACAAUCAUCAAUGAAAGGCUAGGAUGUAGCCAGAAUCGAGAAUUCUUUAAAUAGUCCACAUACUGAUUGCAGUCCAUAUUUCUUAUAAAUGAUUCUUAUAAAUAAUUCUUAUAAAUAUUUACCUCGUACUAGAAGAUCUGUACAUUGGUUCAAAGUCACAUCCUGUAUGGCUUACAUUGUAGUCAGACUGGCAACCAUAACCCAGGCAUAAAGCAUAUUAUAAGUUUUAAGCCUCACAACCUCAACAUAAAAUGGAUCAUUUUCCCUUAACUCGCCUUAACUCGCACAAACUCGCAACUGAUAGGCGAGCUCAAUUUUUCCUUAUCUCGCCUUAACUCGCCUAAACUCGCAUUAGCUCGCACAAUCUCGCGGCGAGUUAAGGUCCCAGAGUAGGUCUCAGUUGGGUAUAUUAUUUGGGAAUUUUCCUUACAAAGCUAAACCUAUCAUAUCGGAACUUUAUACACAAACAGACGGUCUAUAUAAGAUUUCUAUUAUCUAUAAUCGACUGCAUAACUGCAAUGCUUUUUAUCUUUAUGGGCCACAGUUGUUAGUUAGUUGUUGCGUUGUUUUUCUAAUGUACUCCAAAUUUUGUUUCUAAUCUGUUUCUUUGGCUCCUAUUUCCAGUUUAAGAUUGUGCUUUUUAAAACAAAUUGAUCAGUAUAGAAUCCUGGAGAAAGAGCAGGAAUUGAAUAUGAGGGUGAAACCAACCCAAGAAUGAUGUCAAACCAGAACCUCUAAUUAUUUAGGGGUGAUGUUCGUCUCUUAUUAAAAUACUACGUAUUAACCGAGAGUGAGUUCAGUACAAGGAAAUCUCAGACUGAGGCCUUGCAUUGAUGUAUUGACCGAGUGAUAGUGAUAUGGCCUUUUCAUUAUAAGCCUGCGAUCAAUUAAAACCAAUAACUGGUCAGCGGAUACCCUUUUUGACAGCUGUCAAUUGACCAUAACAUAGAUGUCCAUAAGGAUGUGUACUAUCAAGUUGGACACCUAGCAAGUAAUUCCCGGUCAUUACUAGAAAAUAAAACUUAGCAGCCAGUGAGAGCGUGCGUCCUAUUGUAGCCAUAAAAUAAAAGCAUUUAAAAACUAUUCUUGUCACGAUCUCUAUGGUGGCCUAGGAGUGCCAUAAGAAAAUUGUGUAGUAUCUUGUAAGUUCCCCGUAAUUUAUUAUGUUAUUUCAUUUUAUUUUUAAACUUUAAAGGAAAAAAAUUAUUAUCGAGAUACUUGAAAUCAAAUUUAAACGAAAAAAAUAGAAAGUAAAGUAAAAUAAUUUUUAAGCAAAAGUAAAAUGAAACGAAAAUAAUAUUUCCUUGGCCUAGCAGUGCCAUAAGGUUUUUCUAAAAAAAAAAAAAUGUUGUUCAUGGCCUAUCGAUGCCAGAGCCCACAAUGCACUUCGCUGAUCUUUUGCGUGGCUCCUAAGCGAUGUUUGCAUGAUUUCUCUGUUUCAAUCAUGUCGGGUAAACGUAAGCAAUGGGACGACUACAAGGAGCGCCAAGGAAAGAGACGGGUAGGUGCAAAGAGCGAUAAAGCUAGCCCCAGUGCAUCUGAAGGCUUCUUGACUGUGCAGAGACUAUCGGCAAACGUUCAAGGCAAGUGCCAAAAGUACAACCGCAUUGGCCCUUUAACCCUCGUGCCGUUCGACAAAGAACCAACUUUCAAGAAUAUCAAAGAUGCCUGUAAGUCGCAUUUUGGAACAAAUUGCGAAUGUGAUGUUCUCGCGGGCGAACGCGGGCCCUCUUACACGCAUGAAAGUCAGAUCAAAGACUGGUCGAAGGUCAUUCAUAUCAGAUUUCUGGAAUAUGAAAAGUCGCAAAAAGCGGAGGAGCCAGUCUUCGUCCGGCCAUUACAUAAAAGUGAGCCAGUUAGCCCACGAAAGUGCGAUAGUGCGGCUUCAUCCAUGUGUGUUGUUGAUGCAAUUUCAGGAUCACACAAAGUGUAACCAACUCCUUGGAUAUCUAAUACCAUUAAUUGGGUGUUUGACUUCUUGUAGGUGUAGUGGCUUGCGGUUGUACUUUUGGCACUUGCCUUGAACGUUUGCCGAUAGUCUCUGCACAGUCAAGAAGCCUUCAGAUGCACUGGGGCUAGCUUUAUCGCUCUUUGCACCUACCCGUCUCUUUCCUUGGCGCUCCUUGUAGUCGUCCCAUUGCUUACGUUUACCAGACAUGAUUGAAACAGAGAAAUCAUGCAAACAUCGCUUAGGAGCCACGCAAAAGAUCAGCGAAGUGCAUUGUGGGCUCUGGCAUCGAUAGGCCAUGAACAACAUUUUUUUUUUUUUAAGAAAAACCUUAUGGCACUGCUAGGCCAAGGAAAUAUUAUUUUCGUUUCAUUUUACUUUUGCUUAAAAAUUAUUUUACUUUACUUUCUAUUUUUUUCGUUUAAAUUUGAUUUCAAGUAUCUCGAUAAUAAUUUUUUUUCGUUUAAAGUUUAAAAAUAAAAUGAAAUAACAUAAUAAAUUACGGGGAACUUACAAGAUACUACACAAUUUUCUUAUGGAACUCCUAGGCCACCAUAUAUCUCUCUCAUCCCCUUCUCUCCAUCCAAAAGCUUUAUUAUCAAGUUAGUCUUGAUUUUUGGUUUGACUAUAGCUGCAAAUUUAAUCUUUGCGUUUUGUUCGUUUGGCAGGACGAAGAUGUUAGCAUCACUGUCGUUGGAAUACUCGGCAAAAAUUGGAAGGCUGAAGAAAACAAACUAAAGAUGAACGAAAUGGCUGGUAACAAGGGACAAGUGCUUAUGUACGAGGAUUUUUCAGCCCUGACCAAACAUUUUGACAACGUGUUAGCUGCUUUGUGCCGUAGGUGGUUUAACUGAUAUUCUAUACGUAGCUUCACGAGCGCGCGAAAUUGGCCUAUAUAUAUUACAUAAUUUAUAUAAAUCCCAUUGUCUUUGGAGGGUUAUUUCAGUAUUUUUUACCAUGCAACUUUAAAAAAAUUAUAUCUCUGUUGUUAUUUACAGUUCCAUAUAAAACUAUACCGCAUUGGAAAGGGCGAAAAUUAAACUUUCAGAAAAAAAUAUUUCGGUCUUAGGAAACCCAUAAUAUUCCCAAAAAAAUUAACAAGGCAUAUUUCUGCAUAAAAAUUCUUCAAAUUUAUAAAGAAUGUCAUUCUGCCGGGAAAUGUGUCUAUUUUGCGUAAUAUGGUAGUAACAAAUAUGUUUUUCAAGAUCUAAGCAAAACAACCCGAAAAUUGUUCGAAAAUAUAGAGCGACUUGGAAUUUUCUUCAAAUAUUUAGUGACGCUAUCAGAUUACGCUAUCAAAUUAUGCUUAUUGGAUUAUCAUAAUUAACAUAAUGAAAUUCUAUACUUUGGCGUCCCUCGUGCUCAAGUGUUUUCCUUACAAAGACGCUUUGUUUUUAGGUUUCCAUCAAAAUAUCGGGCGUCGAUAAAAUCCGGAACAUGGAACAUCCCGGAACAUUCCGGAACAUUCCGGAACAUAGUGGAACAUCCCGGAACAUGAAAAAAUUAAAAUAUUUUUUAUGAAAAAAUAAAUAAUUAAUUAAAUAAUAAUAUUAAUAAUAAAAAAAUAAAUAAUAAAAAGAACAAUAGAUAGAAAACAAUUUAUGCAAAAAUUUCUAAUAACAAAAUAGAUAACAUAACACAACUUAACACAAAAACGAAAAAUAAAGAAACAAACAAACAAAGAAAGAAAAAGAAACUGGUAUCAUCUCCGAGUAUGAGAAAACAAUAUUUUGUCGCAAUGAAUUUUUGGGCGAGUGAGGCUCCAUUCAAAUGACAGUAAUGAGUGAAGGUUUGCUUCUGAAUUCAAAAUAUAUUAAAAUGGGUCUCGAGGAGAGGGUAUCCAAAGCUUUCGUCACACAGCCACCUCUUGUGAAUGUUUGCCAUGCGGUUUAACGGUUAUCCAUUUGCGGCUUUGCGACCAUAAGAAGAGCUUAGGGGCUCGUCGCUUUGGACUUUGCGACCCAUUUUAAUAUAUUUCGAAUUUAGAUGCAAGCCUUCACUCAUUACUGUCAUUUGCAUGAACCCUCAACAAAAUUUAAUUUGUUGCGACAAAAUAUUAUUUUCUCAUACUCAGAGAGGAUACCAGUUUCUCUUUCUUGAUUACUUCAUUAUUUUUCGUUUUCUUUUUUUUGUUAUUUUACGUUAUUAUUAAUUUUUACAAAAAUUAUUUUAUUAUUAUUAUUUUAUUAUAUAUACUUUUUUUUUCAUGAAAAUUAUUUUUAUUUUUUCAUGUUCCGGGAUGUUCCGGGAUGUUCCGGAAUGUUCCGGCAUGUUCCGUGUUCCGGGUUUUAUCGACGGCCCAAAAUAUCGAGUUAAAGACAAGCAAACAUGAAUUUGCUGAUAUAAUUCAUCAAAAUAAGCAGGGAUUUGAAGGCAAAAAGCUAAGCGAAGGUCAAGCGGGAAGGAAUUCAUUGCGUUUCAACAACACGUGCUGCAGACUUAGACAAAUCGGCGAUUGGCACGCAAGGAUUCUUACUGUUUUCUCACCUCCAUUUUCGUGUUUGUUUUGCUUGUUAUCCUCCAGAACCCUUCAAAAUAAUUUGCUUGACUUGUAUUUGGUUGAAAUUCGUCGAUACAAGCUUUCAUUCUUCCCAAAGGCAGCCACAAAUACUUCCCGAGUCUGGUCGCCAUUUUUCUAAGUUUUUGAAAAGGUAAACGCUAGUGAUUAGGGUUAAGGGUUAGCUUCUAUUUUUCCGAUGUCCUGCAGCGAAUCCUCGGUGGUCCAGUGCAGUGGUUAGGGCAGGAGACUGCAGAUUUUGCACUCUAGGAUCGAUUCCUGCUCGUAACUUCCAAAUUUUUUUUUUCGUUAAAGUUGAAGAGACUUGCAGUUUGUUGAGCAGAAACUAAGUCUCUGAGUCAAGAAACUUAGAAAUUUCAUGUAAGUGUAAGUGAAAAAGGGAAGGGCGGUUUGAGAUAUGGAAACAAGCGCUCACCGAAUGAAAAAUCCCGGGGGCUGGAACUAGGCACAUAAUUGGCUAAUCUAUUAACUUCUUGUGGGCCAAAUUUGGGGGGAAUCGGAAGUAACGCAAUUUUCUGCGAAUUUUUUUCGUCAUCGAACUUAUACGUUCGAAAUUUAAAAGGCCUGAAGACAAUGAGAUUACCCCCUUAGGAUUUCCCACGCUUUUCUUGUUAACACUUUAUUGAACAGAUUAAGCCGGUUCGUUUGUCCUCACACUCGGUCAGUACGAGGUAAGGCUCUGUUUCAUGGCGUCACGAAAAGGUAUCUGGUGUGGUAUGAACAUCAACGGCCCGGGGAGGCACAAGUCGAUCACUCACAUCGAACAUCUUUCCAGCGUGGUUAGCCGAGAGGGUUUAGUGCAAAUUUCACUUCUCAACUCCUGAAUAUUUACUUCCGUCUAAGUGGGUUCCAGCCCUUCUCCUACUUAUUUACUUCCGCGACGGGCCAAAUACAUGAUCACACUGGACAAAAACAUGGCACAAACCUAUCCAUAUACGACACCUCACUUUCGAGACCGGCGCCGUACAUGGGCUUAUUAUAGCAGGGAUAUUUGCGUUUCAAAAUCAGCUGGGUUUAUAAUUGUGUCAGCAGUUUUCCAUGAAAUAUUGCAAUAUUGGGGCAUUGACCUCAGACACAGCAUCAAUAACAGUUAAACUUCUCGAUAAAAGCCACUUCAGGAACAGACGACAAUGGCCGUUGUAGAGAGGUUUGAACAAGAGUCAACAGAGAGGUUAACUCUCGUUUACGUCAAACGGCAAACGCGAAUUUCCUCUUUACUUUUCGUUUACGGUUCAUUAUUUCUACACCUAAAUUAGUAGUUUCAUGCAAUUUUUUAUCCAUAAGAAUUGUUUUGAGCUGUUUUUAUCUGCUCAUUUUCUAUUGUGAGAAAAUCUCAAAUUGAAUCUGACGCUUAUUGUUUGCCCUAUACAUGAAGCUUAAGGACGGUGCCCACUAUUGUAACUGCGCACAUUUUCAGCACAUGCCAAGGUAGUCGCGCGCGACGCGAAAGAAAUGCGCAACACGCAGGACACGUGGACUAGUUUUGUCUCCUCUAAGUUUGGGAGGUUCUAGUUAUUUCUUGUGGAAAAGAGGUGUCGUUUUUCAACAGGUGAAAAAUAAUUCCUAUUUACCCUGCCAGUUCUUUGAAAACCGAAGAAGUAUCCGCAUGUUGCUAUUUUUGCCGUAUGGUCUAUCUGACCAAACAUUUUAUAGUCAAACAAAAGUCAAUUCUAGAACAUCAAAAGUUAUUGCUUCGAGAUGUUACGCUUGGAGCUUGGGUAUUAAACAAUCCCUUGAUAGGCAAGAAUCAGCAAGCUUACCUUUCACUCGCGUCCUUCGCGUUUUAUCGGCUAAUCGGCUAUAAACACGUUCCCAAAUACUUCUUUAAUUUUGUAAGAUUUUAUGUAAUUAUUCACCAGAAGAUAGACUUAAAGCGUUCGAGUACACACAGAUGUCCCUUUUAUUGAGAGUCCGAGGCUUUUAUAAAACCAUCACAAGAUUGCUUGGAUUGCUGAAAUCGCAGCUUCACAAAUAGUUGCGAACCGCAAAGGAAACGCUUUCAUGUGAAAAAAAAUCGUAAAAAAUUGUUAUGCUAUUUACUAUUAUCAUUGUUAUUUAAGCAUUUUGGCAGUACUAAGCAUUAAAAUUAUUGACUCAUUAGGCAGCUUGUCGUGUAGAUAGUUUUUCUUAAGGUUCAAUUUCACGCCACACAUAACUUGGGCAUUUAGACAUAGCUGCCAUUUAGCUGUUUACAAACUAAAGAUGGAAGGUAAAUAAAGUAUUUCCAUUCUAAAACUUUCUUAGGUUUAACAGACACUGUUAAGACUAAAAUUAACAUUUAGGAACGAAAAAUAGUGAAUGAACAAGACACAGAAUGCUACAGUAAAAAAAAAUCAAAACGAAAUAUAUAAAAUGACCAUUUUAGCGCAGCUUAUAUAUUAAGGUACAUAAGGCCAUUAGGUACAACUGCUUUCGCAUUAUUCAGCUUUUUUAAAAGAGAGCUCAUGAUCAUGUAUGGAGCUUGAGUCUAUAUACGCAAAUCAUUUAUGUCAUAUGAAACUUGUGGCAAAGCCAGAAAGAGAUAGCGCAAAGCACAGUUAUAAGCUCAUUAAAUGCAUGCAAGUUUAAAAACAUAUUCGAUCGAGGUACCCUAUAAAAUGAUAAAAAAUGAUAGAAGGUUUACAAUCCAUAUUACAUCUACAGUUAAAAAAACUCUUGAGGACAUGUACAGGUAAGCAAACGAUUGAAGGAGUACCUGUCUAAGAGUCCCUGUCGACUAUUUUCCACUAUAGUACCAUAGUUUGUUUACAGCGCCAGCCUUGGAUCUUGAGCUCACCAUACUACUCUAGGUUCGCUGGAAGUAAUCUUUAAUACCUUGGAGAUUGCUCUUCUCCAAAAAUUUUUGUUAAAUUUUUAAGACGGAGAAGCUCCAGUUGAAUGAAAUGGUAUAAUUUGUUUUCCUUAUAGUCCAUGAAAUGUCCUGCUUCACUUUCUGUUUUUGCUCUCUUCUAUGACUGUCAACCAUUGUGGAUAUCCCAGAGUAGUCCGCGUUGAGUGAAGCAAUAGUGAAACUGACCAGGGAGGGGAUGAGAAAAAUUGCAAAUAACCUUCAAAGCGAUUAAGUUAAGGUCGAAACCAACCAAUUUAAUUUUUAAAAACGCGUGGUAACCCCUACUUUUCAUCUUACCAAAUGGAGGUAAUAAGCCUACUCAGCGAUCAAUUUUUGGUUCGGGGAAAAUGUCGUUUUCACUAUUUUUAAGGCAAACGCUUGGGGAGGGGUAACUGCUGAUAACGUCCCAGUUGUGCUGACAUUUCAAAAAUAGAGGUAUAAAGAACAUGCACAGUUGUUAUGUUAUCAUUUGUUGCUUAUUUUGAAACCUUGUUGCAAUUACCAUUGCAUUUGUGCCAGUUUACGUGUACACUCUUGAAAUUUGGGGAAAAAUAACUUUUUAUCACUCUUCUAAAAAAUGCCUAUUUAGCGUUUUUCUCCAUAUUGAAGCGCAGUUAUCUCUGAAAAAUGCGUGGUUACCCCUGGUUUUCUUUUUGGAUUUCAAUAGCCGCUGAUAUGAUCUACUUGUCUACUGAUCUACUUGUCUUAUACGACGCCAAGUGUUAUUUUUGUGGAAUACUAAAAGACUAAUGAAAGAAUAAAUAUCAAACCAGAAAUUGCUCUCUUCAAACUGUAAAUUAUAAAUGAUCCUGAGAGAAUAUUCAGUGUGUUAAGGGUUUCCUUGCUGUACUGUUAGCAAGAGAGGAAGGGGGAUUCUUUUUUAAUUUCCGUUUCGCUGACACAGCUUUAGCAGAAAUCUCUCUUUAGUCGUUUUCGUCGACAAAACGAAUAGCAAUAUCGCUCUCCGCGUCUUCCGCCAUAUUUUUCUGCCUAAAUUCGUGAAGGACGCGUGGCUCAGAGCGUGGGUCAUCCACGCGGAACACAUUCGCGCUACGUGAUUGGCUGUUGUCUAAUCCCCCUUGGGAUCUGUGGUCUUAAAAAAAACUCGAGACGAAUUACCUAUGGAAUAGGGUGUGUACGGAGGAUGCCUUCUCUGUCCCCUUUAUCCUCUCUUGUUGUUACGAAUUGGACGAGAGGCUUAUUUUUGCAAGUGCAAAUUUUUAAACAAAUGUUUUAUCGUUUUACAGCUGUGAACGGCGGCUACACCAACUGGACAAUUUCUGACUGCAGUGUAACGUGUGGAGGAGGUGUAAAGACUUUUACAAGAACCUGCACCAAUCCCCCACCAGCCAAUAGCGGAAAGAACUGCAGUGAACUGGGACCAGCAAACAAGACAGCCGCAUGCAAUGAACAAGGAUGCCGUAAGUGUCUUGGGUUGUUUCCAUUUUAUUAUUUUAGUGGCCAGGAAAGAGCUAAAUCAACGAUUAUUAUAGGAACUAAACCUCUAUCAACAUUAUACACUUUAAGUUAAGUCCCAAAGGAAACCGAGUUAGAUUUGUUUUCUCUAGGGCCCCAGAGUUUCCAGAGACGAAGUCGACGGAAAACAAAACUAACUGGUUUCCCGUGGAACCUGACAUUAAGGUUUUUGUUAUAUUCGUAGAUCAGACUUUCUCUUCCACAGCGACAAAGAAUAAAGCGCGAACCUAAACAAAUGUCUCUACUUUAAAAAACACAAAUUAUUCUCAAGUCGGCUAAAGGAAUGAUUUUAUUUUUAUCUGAGGCUUUUCCUCCUGAAACUGCUGCAAUUCUCUUCCUGGGUAACUUCGAAAAGCCGUUUUGUUUUAAAAUAAAGACUACAAUAUGUUUGAGUUGCCAGGUAACCACGAAAACGGAAAUUGGCAAUGUUUUACCCACCUUCUGUCACGCCACUUCCCAUCAUUCUGCAUUUGAAUAUUUAGACAAGACCACGUGAACAAGAAUCAACCUAUGGUAGUCCCUGUUUAAUCUAGAAAUAACACAACAUGUCAAAUACAUUAAAUCAACAAAUUUGCAGGUUUAAGAUCUUAAAAAUAUAUUCUCAUCUUCCUGGUCAUGACAUUCAUCUUAGCCACUUGAUCGCGCAUUUGUUUGCCGCUCGAAACGGAGUGCUUUAUUGUUCCCAGGCAAAUAUAUUACAGUUAUUCCUAUUGGGAUUGAAAAAGGGAAUACGCCUGAGGCUUUCCAUAUUUUUCGGAACCUUUUGCCGGUAUGACCUGUACCACUUCAGAUUUCAAUCUUUUUGUCAGUGCGCUGAAGAGGUAAAGUCAAUAAACUGAAUUUAAAACCUGCUCACGGACCACGAAACGAUAAAUCACAAUGCAACGGAUAUUCAUCGAGGCAAAUUUUCUGUUUAUGUCUUUUACAGCUGUGAACGGUAACUACACCGAAUGGACGCUUUAUGAAUGUAGUGUGACGUGUGGUGGAGGUGUAGGAACAUUUAAGAGAACCUGCACCAAUCCCCCGCCAUCCAACGGUGGAAAGAACUGCAGUGAACUGGGACUGGGACCAGCAAACAAGACAGCUUCUUGCAAUGAACAAGAAUGCCGUAAGUUUUUUCACGUUUGCUUUGGCUCUUUUUUUAUCCUUAAAUUGCAACGAAAUUGGUCACUGGUGAUUGAGAACAAAGUCUCACAAAUGUUUUGCAUAUUUUGGAAAAAAACGAGCAUAAUUUUUGUACUUUGUAUAAAAGUGCCACUACCAGUACUUAUUCUAUGAUAUCGGCAUAUUUUAAGUUUUUUUCGAGGGAAAAUAAACUGGCAAGUCGUGACUCAUGGUUCGGUCUGGGAGACGGGGGAUCAGGUUACUGCGUCAUUCACCGUCUAGUAGCGGGCACAACCUGGAGUGCGUCGAUCAGUUUCCACUUUCACAGGCAACAAAUUGGCGUCAAGGAAGUUGCAGUCGAGAAGAACAACAGCCGCUCGGUGGGCAAAAACCCCGUUUAAAAUGUUGACGAUCUGAUAAGAUCUGACAUUAGAAAAAAUUUCAUUGCAUGGUCACAUUAUUAAAAUAAAAAGUGUGGAAAACUUUCCAAUACGAGCAUCAUUUUUAAAGAGAUUUAUAAGCUUUUAAUCUAAAAAGAUGUUACAGGGGACAGAAUAUUCUCUCUUGGAUGUUAUUGGAUUAUUAUGAUAUUUAAUUUCCAUUAUUAUAUUAUUAUUAUUAGUAGUAGUAAUAGUAGUAUUAUCAUCAACAUUAUUAUUAUUAUCAUCAUCGUUAUUAUUAUUUGAUCGCAAAUAAGAAGGGAGAAAGUUACUCAAGCGCAAUUUCCUGGAUAAGAGCGAAAGUAUCUUUCGCCAUCGUACGUUCUGCCAUACUAUGCUUGAUAGGCUCAAGAUCCAGAAGACGACAGCUAGACUUUGUUGACUCAGACCUACAGAACUAUAAUAUUAGAGCCUGCCCGAAAUAAUCUUUUUAAGGAUCUUUUUUUAAAGAAUUGGGAAUUUAGGAAUACGAGAUUUUAUUCUUUUUAACUUGUUUUCUUUUUAAUAUCAGAGACGGAUAAUUCUCUUUUAUAAUUACCAAGAUGGCUCUUGAUAAUUACUUAAUAUAAAACUCUGGUUUGCCUGCAAAAGUCAUUGACCGCAUAUCUGAGCCGCAAGGAAUGUAUUUGCGAAAUCGUUAUUGACACAGUGAUUGCUAUUUUUAUGAUUUAUAUAAUUCUAAAAUGUUAUAUAGUGCUUAAUUCUUACUUCAAAUAUUUCUGUAAAUUAUGUACAUAUCUUUUUAAAGGUCAAUAAAAUUAUUAUUAUUCAUGAUUAUAAUAAUAAUAAUAAUAAUAAUAAUUAUUAUUAUUAUUAUUAUUAUUAUUAUUUUCAAUAUUAUUAUUUAAGGUAGCUCCCUAGAGUAAAUUGGCCGUGCGCAGCCUGAGCACUAGUAUGGCGCGAGCUUUAAAAACCGCGCGACGUCCACGCAAAAAUUAAAACAAACAUGGCCUCUCAGUUUCCAAAUAUUCCACCCAAAAAACUUUAUUAACUUUCUGUUGAAGCUCAUUGUGCAAAACGUUUGAUUAGUGUAGGUCAAACAUUUAUGAGAGGAGACAAUGUUACACCGGUUACAAGUCACUAUCGAUCUUCAUAAGAGUAAAUUGUAUAUAAAGACAAAGCAGAAAUUUUCCAAAGACAUCAAUUCUUUCGCUUCAAAAGUAGACGAACGUUACAUAGUCGAAGUAAAUGGUGAGUGGAAACUUUACUAAGAAAACAAAGAAGUAAGUACACUAACCCAGAAGGAAGUAAUGUUGCUGUUUCUGGCCUUUGGUUCAAGGUCAGCGGAAAGAUCUGAAAGAUCGAGCCAAUUCCCGAACAAACACUGUAGAUUGUCUUCACAGGGGGAACUCCUCCGUCACUUUAUUUCUCUUACAUUUGAUUUGAUUAAAGUAAUUCUAGAAGUGGCUUUAAGACAAGAUUACAGGAAGUGUAAAUUUUUUUUUCCUUUGCCGACUCUAUCACAUUAUUUAAAAAACUUAUCAGAAAAAGGUUUCGCACUUAUAAACUUGCAUCCUGAUCGAAGGAACUUUUCCAUCGACGAACCAACACCCUUGUAUUUUUUGUUGUUUCAAACGUCCUUCAACGCACAUGCAAGACGCACUAGAAAAUAUUUUUGCACAACGAGAAAUAAUUUUUACUCACAGAUUGACCCUUGACGAAAGUAAUAGUUGUCCGUCGAGGCCUACGGUCUUGUUCGUGUAGCUGAGGACAUGAUGUACGAUUUAUAGAUCGGCGCCAUCUUUUACAGCAGACUUGUAAAGAAAAACUUCGCCCUCGAAAUUAUCCCUAAAGAAAAGCAAGGUUGAAAAAGUAUCCGGAAGUGGGCUGACAUUUGAAGACCUGCAAACAGUGUACAGCAGAUUAGGAAAUGAAGGGCUUAUUGCGAUCCUUGCACAACCACCGUCUUCAUCGCUAACGAUCGCCAUCCUCACGAGAGACCACCAUGGUGCGAAUUUUAGCUACAAUAGUCAAGCACUGCGAAGAAAACAUCCUGGGUUAGGCAUAAAAUUAAAUCCGCUAUCUCCCCUUUUUCAACUAGCGAGAUAUCACCGUAAUAAUACUAAUAAACGGCUUCAAAACAAUCGCUUUCGUACUUUUCAAAGUAGCUUUGUGCGCAUGCGGGAGUGAUGGCUCGCGCGCGUAUUUUGCUCAUACGACCCCGAACCACGCGUGUUUCUCGGAUUUUUGUGACGUCAGCGCAGUUAAUUAACCGUGAAUCUCUCGCGUUUCCUUCGGUAAAUUUUUUCAAAAAUCGCCUCAUUUCUUAACAGUCGCAGAACCUUUGUGCUGUCAUUUUUUUGUCAAAAUCUGUAAGAGCUAAACUCCUCUAUUAAGAAAAAAUACAAAUUUCAAAAUAUUGGCAAAACCGUCUUAACGACCCCAUGUUUUUUCCUCUUUAAAAUUUUAAGCAAUAUCGUUAACAUAAAUUGGCGAAGUUUAAAGACAUUUCACCGAGGGAAAUUAGAAAUAGUAAGGAAAAAUGGGCAAAAAUGACAAAAUUACUGCCUGUUUAAGAAUGCGAUGUUUCCAUGGCAACGGCCUUAAUCCAGAAAAUGAAACUUGAUAAAGGAGCCUUCUUAUAUGGGUAACCUAAGCGGUGAAUCCCGUGAACAAAAUCGCAAAGACAAAGUAACUAGAUUUCGUUCUGUAACGUAUGCUAGAUAGCUAGGGUUAUUAGUAAAUACUCUAGGGAGCCACCUUACUUACGUUCUGUUCCUUUGCAGCACCUUCAUGCACUGCCGGACUUGACAUUGGAAUCCUUUUGGAUAAAACUCAAAGCAUUAAACAGAGAGAGUUAAAAAAAGUUAUCACCUUCCUUAAAGACCUGGUAAAUAAGUUCAAGCCAGCACCUGACGAGGAUCACUUUGGGCUCAUUACUUUCCAGGGAAAUACGGCAACUUUGGUGUUUGACUUCGCUGCCUCUGAAUUUUACAGUAAGAAUAGACUUGUGGACAAAAUAGAUAAAGAACCAACAAAACCAGCAAGCGACUGGGGAACUCGCACUGACCUUGCUCUGCAAAUGGCGCGCGACCAGCUGUUCACCAAGGCAGGAGGAGACAGACCUGACAGACCCAACGUUAUGUUAGUCCUGACUGAUGGAAAACCGUUGCGUUUGCCGAAAGAU